AUGUUGUUCGAUGUCAAUCGAAAACUAUUCUCUCGAUCCGACCGGGUCAAAGGCGCAGACUUCCACCCAACCGAGCCAUGGCUGCUAACAGGUCUGUACAACGGUUCCGUCAACAUCUACAACCACGAAACUGGCGCACUUGUCAAGACUUUCGAGGUCUCUUCCGUUCCUGUGCGUUGCGUCAAGUUUAUUCCCCGAAAAAACUGGUUUGUUGCUGGCUCGGACGACUUUCAGCUGCGCGUGUUUAAUUACAAUACGCAUGAGAAGGUUGCCGCGUUUGAGGCUCAUCCUGAUUAUAUACGAUGUCUUACUGUGCAUCCUACCGCGAGCAUCGUGCUCACUGGAAGUGAUGAUAUGACUAUCAAAGCUUGGGAUUGGGACAAGCAGUGGAAAUGUAUUCAGGUCUAUGAAGGCCAUACACACUAUAUAAUGAACAUCACUUUCAACCCCAAGGAUGCAAAUACCUUCGCAUCUGCUUGUCUUGACCGUACGGUUAAGAUGUGGUCCCUUGCUUCCCCUACAGCCAACUUUACUAUGGACGCACACGACAAGGGAGUCAACUACGUCGACUUCUACCCUGGCUCGGAUAAGCCAUACCUCGUCACAACAGGUGAUGACCGCACGAUCAAGGUCUGGGACUACCUCAGCAAGAGCUGCGUGCAAACGAUGGAAGGACACACGAACAACCCAAGCUUCGCUGUGUUCCACCCCAACCUGCCUAUCAUCAUCAGUGGAAGUGAAGACGGUACCGUGAAGAUAUGGAACAGCAAUACCUACCGUCUGGAGAACACCCUCAGCUAUGCGCUUGAACGUGCAUGGUGCGUCUCGCUCCGCCGCGAUGCGAAUGAGGUGGCUAUUGGAUUUGAUGAGGGUAUUGUUGUGAUCAAGCUUGGCCGGGAUGAGCCUACAUACAGUAUGGACCCAUCGGGUAAAUUAAUAUACACGAAGAACCAGGCCGUGCUAUCUGGAAACCUCGCCACGCUUUCUGAUAUCGUCACUGCGGACGGCAACCGUAUCCCCCUCUCGAUCAAGGAGAUUGGUACUACAGAGAUCUUUGCCACUGCGCUGAUACACUCCCCGAACGGACGAUUCGUGACUGUAGUUGGUGACGGGGAAUACAUUAUCUACACGGCGCUGGCAUGGCGGAACAAGGCGUUUGGCUCAGGCACGGGCUUCGCGUGGGCAGGUGACUCGAACACGUAUGCGGUGCUAGAGAGCAAGGUGAAGCUGCGAGUGUAUAAGAACUUCAAGGAACGCGGUGGUGCAGGGAUGAAAGGUGCGGGAAGCUGGUCAGUGGAUGCUAUUUACGGGGGUCCGGUGCUGGGCGCACGGGGGAAGGGCUUUGUGAUCUUUUGGGAUUGGGAGAGCGGGGAGAUAGUGAGGCGGAUUGAUGUGGAGGCGAAGAAUAUCUUUUGGUCGACAACAGGGACGCUCGUGGCUGUUGUUUCGGAUGACUCUUUCUACAUCCUCAAGUUUGAUCGGGAUGCGUACAAUGUCAAACUAGAGGAGGGUGCGGAAAUCACGGAUGAGGGUGUUGAGGAAGCAUUUGAUGUCGUUGCUGAGAUCUCGGACAGCGUGAAGACCGCAAAAUGGAUAGGUGACUGCUUUAUCUACACCACGGCCGGAAACCGCCUCAACUACUUCGUGGGUAAUGAAUCGUACACGAUCAGCCCAUCUGAUACCUCCAUGUUUAUACUGGGAUACAUACCCGCGCAUAAUCGAGUGUAUCUUGCGGACAAGGACUUGAAUAUUUUCGGGUAUUCAUUGUCCUUGAGCGUUGUGGAAUACCAGACGGCUGUCCUCCGUGGUGACAUGGACUCGGCAGCUGAAAUUCUGCCCAUAUUGCCAAAGGAGCAGCUAAACAAAGUUGCUCGGUUCUUGGAGGGUCGAGAUCUCAAAGAGCUCGCUCUGGAAGUGACCACGGACCCAGAUCACAAGUUCGACCUCUCAUUGCAGCUCGAUGACCUAGACACAGCGGUCGAGAUCGCGCGCUCUGUCUUAGAGCCGGAAGCCGAGACGAAGUGGAAGGCGAUCGGCGAUCGUGCGCUUACGGUGUGGCGCUUUGAUCUGGCUCGGGAAGCAUUCGAAAAGGCGGGUGAUUUGAGUGCGCUGAUGCUUCUUCUGCUUUCGACGGGCGAUCGAGAAGGGCUGCAGAAGCUUGCAGCGACAGCCGAGAAAAAGGGAGCGAACAAUCUGGCGUUUGCGACGCUGUUCCAGCUGGGUGAUGCAAAACCGUGCGUGGACCUGCUUGUGAAGACGAAUCGUGCACCAGAAGCUGCGUUGUUUGCACGAACGUAUGCACCGAGCCAAGUACCAAAGGUGGUCGACGUGUGGCGAGGCGAGUUGCGCACUAAAAAUAAGGGCAAGAUCGCAGGGGGCAUCGCGCACCCAUCUGACCAGGCAGAGCUAUUUGAGGAAGGGUGGGAAGGGGCACUUGCACGCGAGGCUCCUGAGCCUGUAGAUGUGAACGGAGAUUCCGACAUUUCGCAGAGUGACAGUGGGGAGACAUGA